AUGGUACGCGACGCCAGCACGAAUUGGCUCUUGUUGUUGCUCGAGAGGCUCCGACGCGCCGCCGCUCAGCUGAAGUCCAGGCCAACAUAUGAGCAGGAUCAGGCAGAAUAUGCGGCAGCAGUGCAACUCCUCGAGCUUCAGGUGCUGGCGUUGGAGAGUGAUGAGUGGAGAGCUUUGGCGGGCAGCGGCGCCGUCGCCGAGGUGGUUGGCUUCGCGGUGGAGAGCGUCUUGGAGGACCCGCUCUCGUGCUUCGCCGUCCAGGCUUGGGCGGGAGCCAUGGAUGCUCUGCUGGCGCGGGCCAAUCCGGCUGUGAGCGCCGCCCAUCACGUUCCACGGCUGUGGGAUGCAGCGAAGCGUUUGGCGAAGGACCGCGGAGGCAACAAUGCCACGCUUCAAGCUGCGCUGACGCUCCUGCGAGUUGUUCUCAAGCGAUGCCCUGCAGAUGUUGACUGCGUCCCGCGGCACAACCUUCCCCACCCUGUCAAGACGGUGGCUGUCGCCCCGCGGGUGGCUGCUCUGGAGCUUCUUCCAUAUCUCAUUUUACAGCCCCACAAAUAUAUUCAGCAACAGCAGCAGCAGCAACGACAAAAGCAAUACGCACAGGAGGAGAGAACUGGGGGCGGCCCGACGCCGCCGUCGUUGUUGCUGCCGAGGCGGCCGCUUUUGGCUGCGGCUUGGCUAGAUUACCUGCGCAAGGCGAUGGCUUGCCCUCUUCUUGUGGUGCGCAAGAGGGCGGUGGAAAGCAUAUGUGAUUUGCUAAAGGGGGGCGUGGUGCUGGAGGCGUCCCAGUCUGCCGCCAUGCUUGACAUGCUGAUGAGUCUUGCCAAGUCUGAUGACAUCUCUUGCCGGCUUGAAAAUGACGUGGGUACAGCCAUCGGGUGCUUGUUGGCUGCCGCGCGGGAUGGAAUUGAUUGGACACGCUUUGCUGCAGCGACUGACGCUGAAUCUGCGGAUAUUAUCAGGCACAUGUUCAACCCUCGUGCAAUGAAUCAUGCGACGCAACGUGUUCUUUCAGUGGCCAUCGGGGAACUUUUACUGCAGACAGUUUCGUUAGAUUCAAUGGGGAGGGCUGUGAGCCGUCUUUUUGAGCUGCUGCAGCCGGUCCCGCACGAUGACCGCAUGUACAUGCCAACUAUUGUCUCUCGGGCCGUGCUGCUUUGGGCGUCGCGAGUGGGCUCCGACAUGUUCCGUGGAGCCGUUGUAAGGAGUCUUAUACGUUUUCUUGACGCCUCAUGUGCAAAGAGCGUUACACACACCGCAUUGUUGUGCGUCACCGGUGUAGUUCGUAUGGUUCUUGCAACGAGCGAGUUCGCGGCGGCGCUUUGGGCGCAGCUUCUGCGAAUUCCAAUGCGGCACCCAUCCCUUUUGCAAGUAACUAGCAGAGCCAUGGCGUGUCUGGCGCAGCACAAUGAAAUGUGUGGGCGGGCGCUACUGCGUGAUUUAUACACCGCAAGUAGUGAGGUGGAACCCGAUAAGCCUUUGUCACCGUCCUUUUCCCUGCACGCAAAAGCACUCCUCGUCAUGCCAGCAGAAUUUGUGCGACGGCGGUGCGUGUUGGAGAUUCUGCUUGAGAUUGUCGCCACUUUUAGUAUUGACAUUCCACCCACGGAGGUAAAGGGGUUUUUCUUGAGGCACGUGGAGUACUUUAAUCGACUUGCGCUUCUGCUUCUCAAGCACCAGCGUGGCCAGUUGUCCCCCGUCACUAUCGCUAACGUGCGGACGUCUGUGCGCGCAUUUUUGAGUCUGCUGGUCAGCAAUCCGUCUGGCACGUCACUGUGUGGGCAUGCGGCAAGUUCCGCCUGCGCCGUACUCAUGGAGGUUGGGGCAUCCGACACUGAGCUGAAACUCGUUGUUGCGCUGUUGGAGACACUUGACACGGCCAGUGUGUCGUUGCAGCGGGAUGUGCGGUCUGCGGCGUAUGCACUGCUCACCAGAGCGUCCUGGUCGGCCUGCACGGAUGGCACGGGCAGACGCGGUGUUGUAAUGCAGGCUCUUGCGGAUUUGUCUGGGGCAAACCGCAACAGUUUACCCUGCUUGGCGGAGGAGCAAGGCGACACCGCCGAGGUGGAGGGCGCACGACUCUUGGGUGUGGCGGCGGAGUGCCUUGACGAGUAUCAACGUCUCCUGCCGUCGAUGACGCAGAAGGCAGAGGCGAAUGCCACAUGGCACGCGGUGUGUCUGGUUGUUGCAGGCUGCACUGAGUGUGUGGAAGAGGGAUGCCGGAAGGUUGUGCUUGACAGUCUGCGGGAGUGGUGCGCUGCCGCCGAAGGAGAGCCAAUGGUGACGGCGUGGAACGUGCUGUGCUGCCUCAACUGCCUCUUUGUGCGGUGCGACAGCGCAUUGGAGUGGGUAACGGCUGAAGCGACGGAGUGGUUUACGUUUGUAGAGGACCAUUGGCUGUCCUCUAGUGUGUGGGCGGUGCGGCUCGCUGCGGCGCAGGUGUUGGCGCGCCUGGCGGCAAUUACCGGAAGGCGCGACGAAUUUACCUCCGUCGCCGUGAAAAACUUUAGCACCGGCGUGGAUGUCCACCAUAUCAGUGGCGUCCUCCUCGCGCUUGGCGAGAUGCACAGGACUGACAGCAGCGCCACAGCCUCCAUGGCAAUCUCAUUUGUGCUGCGUGUAUUGAAGCAGCACGGUGUGUGGGGGGAGACGGCAGUCGUGGCGGCGGCGCUGGUGGCGAUGACACGUAUGGUGCCACAUCACUCAGCGCAAGUCCAUGCCGUCGUCUCCACUGUUUUGAUGCCGCAACUCUUGUCACCUGCCACAACAGCAGCUGUCGACCCCUUCGUGUUGGUGCUUCUGCUCGAGCUGUUCCUGCUUGUGGUGCCGCACAUGCCUCCGGCGACACACCCCAGUGUGAGUAUUUGCGUCCGGGGCGUCGUAAGUGCCGUUGUCUCCUCUCGCGCACUCUCUGAGGAGGCCACCAGUGCCGUGCUGAACAUGCUGCGUCACGCCACGGCGGAACCUCAACGCCCACUGAUGAAGGUGAUGGCAAGUGUAGUAGCCACCUCUCCACCCGUGCUAGACCCCCUUGCUCUGAAAAAAGAGGUGUUGGGGUUGCUGGAAAGCAAUGGCUGCUCUAACGACCUCGUGUCCCGCGCGGCAGCAGACAUGAUGGGGGUUUGCUGCAGCGCCACCACGACUGUGAAUAGCCUUUGGAUGUCACUUGGGCGUCUGGCACAGAUGAUAGAUGCCGCAGCAUCGCUUGAAACCCGCCAUGCGUGGAUAAAUGUGGCACGCAUUGUGCUGCACGGUGCCGAUGGGGCGCACCUGGGUGCGUGUCAAGAAGAGAUGGAGCUGAUUAUGCGUGGGAAACCGGUGCAUCAGCCACAUGACGGAGAAGCUGUAGCACGUGAGCCGCUUGUGACGAGUGGCCGUGAGGAGGGAAUGGGUGGCUUGUCGGCAUCGAGGGAGAAGAAGGGGAACGAGGCGAAGGAUGGCGACGCCGCGAAGGCAGGGGUGGUGACCAGCGAGGUAGGUGCCAAGCUGGCAGUCCUGUCGCUGUUGACUGAAAUGGUGCAGCAGCCCCACCUCUGCGUGAGGUUGGAGGACGAACUGUUGGAGCGUCGUCUGCAUUUGCUCGUCUCCUGCGCCUCACUCGUGGAGGUGGAGCCACUGUUUAUUCGUCCCGCAGUGGACGCUCUGCUGGCAGUUGUGGAUAGGUAUGGCCAACGUGCAAAGGACGCCGCAACACCGUUUUUGACUCCUUGGCGCGUCGUGUUGGUGAGUGGCAUCCGGCGCAUCAUCCAGCGCUCUCUCUUCUGCUGUGCGGAGAGCUGCCAGCUUGCGGAGAGUUUCAUCCAGUGUAACUUGGCGGAUGACGCAAGUGUGCGUCGUGUGGUUGUGGCUCUGAGGACGCUGUUGGAGACGCUGGAGGGGUGCGAAGCGGACGACGACGCCGUUGCCCACGGCGGCUGCGGGCGCAUUAUUCUGGCGCUUUCGGCGUGCCGCACACAAGCGGUGGCUGCGCACUGGUUGCAGGCAGAGCAGGCGGCAUCGGAGGCAAUGGCGUCGAUGAGUGGGCAGGCGGCUGCGACUUUGGUAUGCAAUCGGCUGACAACGUCGCUGGCAAUGAUGCACGGAUUUAAGCCGGCGUAUGAUAUGAUCCCAACGCCGCUGGAUGACUGCGGCUACGCCACGCCCAACGACGCUCUUAGUAUGCUAGAGAAUAUGUGCUCCGCCCUGGAGGUCUUGGGCCCGACUGUCCGACACACAGCCGGAUGUCUCUUGUGUUUGCUGUUAUGCACCCCGGGUGUGGUACUGCGUCCCAUGCAGACGAUUGUGCCUCUGCUUUCUACAACGCACCAGGAGGCCAUGGUAAGCAUGGCAUUUGGGCUCCUUCUGCAGGAGGAUGAAGACGCUCUGAGCGACGAAGAUGCCACGCUUGUGCUGGAGAUCGCAGCAGCCACCAACUGCAGAAAGUGUGCCACUGAGGUGGAAUCACUGCUGCUGGUGCUGGCAACGCAUCAUCGGCCAUGUGUGGGCUCGCUCGCCAGUUUACGCCUGGCCGCUGAGGCGUCUUGCAGCGUUGACUCCAUGAACCUUGUUCUGCAGUCCCUUAACGUCGAUGUAUUGCUGGCAAGCAGCGAGCCCACAACGAUCACAACGGUGUACAUGCAGCACCUCUCAGGGGAGGAGCGACGGUGGAUGGCGCUCGAGAGCGCGUGUGGCUUUCUGCUGAUGCUGCUCAUCCAUUCCACAGACGAUCAGCAGCUACUCUUUGCGGGGUCGCGUGUCAUGCAUGCCGCACUCUCGCGCCUGAUGGAGGCUCUGGCGCAAAGCACUGACCCGUUGGGGUUGCUGCGGCGUGUCUUUCCUGCGAUGCCUCACGAUGUGCGUUUGUGCGGUACCGUUUUGGCGGCGUGUUCCUCGGCACGUCGCCCGGAGCUGCGGCGGCGGUGGGCGCCGUGUGUGGAGCACGCCCUGCUGUGCAUCAUUCACGCGGAAACGCUGCAGCAGGAGCAGCACAGUCCACAGGUGCUGGAACGCAUUCGACUCUUUAUUCGCGCCCUGCUGAUGUUGGUGGUGGAAGCGGGAACGACUUCUCACGCUGACGCGACAGACGAGGUGGGCUCGCACUACCCAGACGCCUGCGCUGUGCUGACGCAGCAGCUGAUGCACCUCUACUCGGAUGAGCUGAAGUCCAUCAUUCAAUCCCUUUCCAGUGAAGAGGCGGUGCUGCUGCGUCGACUCAUGCAGCUGAAGAGCCGUGGCGAAGCACCGCACGCAUCGCCUGCAGCGGUGGAGAGAGAGGCUCAGCAAAAGCGCACAGCGGCGGCUGUCCCGCAUCGUCUCAGCAUCAACCUGUCGUUGUACACUUGA